CAACUAUGUAAAUCUUAUUCAUAUACUACUUUGAAUAUCACUUGGAAAGAAUCAUUAUUACUGCAAUAGGAGGAAACUUGAAAAACAAAGAUCAAAUAUGCGUGGAAAAAAAUUUUCAUAAAAAAAAAUAUAUUUAUAUGAAUACUAAAUAUAAGAUCCACCUAUUCAAUUUUCUUUUUUCUUUACCUCAAAAAAUUAUAAAACAAAAAAAAAAAAAAUGAUUGACGAAGUGAAAGACAACCCUGAAACUAGGACUUCAAUAGAUUAUGAGCAAGAAGUCAUAGUUGUUAAAAGUUGUGUUAAAGAUGUUGAUAAUACUUUUAAUGAAACAAUCACUAGUUACGAAAAUGCAAGAUCGAUUAAAAGCAAAAAAAUAUCGAGUAGAAACAUAAUAAGUUCUGGUAGUGGUAUCACCCUUUAUGAAAAAAAGAAAGAUUAUCAAAUCGAAAUUUGUCAAGAUGGAAAAUUUGUCGCUACAUUCGAUACAGCAAACCUUCGCAUUAGAAUAUUGAAGAACACUGAUCGUCGUCCACUUAAGAACAAUGAUCAUAACGAAUCCGAUGAAAUUAACGAAACGAUUGUACAUUUUGAAAUAAAAGAUGAUUUUACUAUUUGUAAAUUUUUUAAUGAGGGCAACGAUGAGGUCAACAACCAAGAAGAAGAUGAAAUAAUUAAUUUUAAUAAUAACGCCAUUGAUUCUUCAAAUAGUGACGAAUAUAAUGAAACCAGAUUGAGCGAUAGAUGGUCUUUUGAUAUAUCUAAUGUAUGCAGGAAGAAUGAUAAUAAAUACUUCAUUUUUGUUGCCGUAUCUAAUAUAGAUGAUGAGGAUAUGAAGAGUAAAACAGAAGGAAGAAAGAAAAGAAAAGGAACUACCACCGUCUACCGCGUUGAACUAAAAAUUGAUAAAGGAAAUUAUGUUUUUAAUAAAGAUACUAAGACUAUUGUCUAUCAUAUUUAUGGCGUUUCAGGAUUAUGUAGAUUUGUAGAAGUAUCCAAAAACAACGAAAAUACAGAAGUUUCUAAUUUAAAGAGUGAAAAUAAAUAUUUUGCGUUAAGAAGAUUCAUAAUAUUGAACUUUGAUGGUAUACACAGUUUUAAUUGUAAAGAUGAUUUUAAUUUUUAUAAGAAACUUAAUUAUCCGAAACGUGUCAGAGAUGAAUUAGAUUUGUCAAAAACAUUUGAUUGUAUGAACCCACUUCGUUCGUGUAUUUAUGAUAAAUAUUUUUUGGUUGAACACUAUAAAGAUAGUGUACAAUUACUUGAAGUUUACGAUCUAGCAAAAAUGAAAUUAGAAACAAUUACGAAAAGAAUAGAAAAUAGUCAUUAUAAAUUUGCAAGAAAAUAUAACAGAAAUAAUUUUUCGAUAAGCGAGAACAAAUUACAUCUCUGCUUUACACGGGGACUUCAAUCUGUAAAGAUGUAUUUUAUGGAAAACGGUUUGGAGGCCAUAUCAAAGAAAUUCGAUGAGAUUGAAAAAAUUCACUUAAUAGAAUUCAUUGAAAGAGAUAGGAAACUACUUGUAAUAGGUAACAGCGCCUCAGAAGAGAAAAAAUUGAAGCUUAUAAUCUGGAACAUGUACAAUGUUGGAGAAAUUGAAACAAUGAUGGAAUUAGAUGAUUUUCUUACGAUAGAUAAUUUAGGUACUCGUUUAGCCAGAACUUCGGGAAAUCUUUUACAAGUUGAUAAUGAAGGAAAUGUUAAAUCUAUUCUUAAAAGGCUUGACAAAUUAUUAAAACAACAACAAGAAACAGAAGACAAUAAAGGAUUAAGUGAUUUAGAUAUAAAACGAUUAAAAGUUAUAGAGCCUAAUGAAAGACUUAUUGUACAUUAUAAUGAAAACAUAAAUCCAAAUUUCAAACCAACAUUCAUUAUGAAAGAACCAUGGGUAUUGAGUGAUUAUGAAAGAAAUUCAUUUUGUCUUUAUCAGAAUAAAAAUGGAUCAGAGAUAGAAACUUUACAACUUAUAGUUGGUAGAUCUACUAUUCAAGUUUGGCAUCAAAUCAAUUUUGACGAUAAAAAUAAAAGCAAGGACAAACUUCCUAACAAAGGAGAACCAUUUCUUGAAUAUAUAUGGACAAAUGGUAUUCCGGUAAAUCAAGAAAGUGAAAAAACAAGAUUACAGAUUGAAAAAUUUGAAUAUGAAUCGAAUGAUGAUAAAUUAAAUGAUUUUAAAUUAACCGAUUUUUGCUUGAAAGUUUAUUGGUACGAAGGAGUUUCAAAGGACGUGAGUGAAGAUGAACUCGGAAUAAAAAAAGAUGAUGAUCAUAUUGAAAUUAAUAAAAUGGAAAAGGAAAAGGACGAAGAACCAAGAAUGGAAAGUAAAAAAGAUAGAGAAGCGAUAAUCGAAAUGGGAAAGGAUGGAAAAAAUCAAGUGGAAAGAAAGGUAAAAGAAAUUCGACGGCAAGAUAUUAUUGAAAAAGUUAAUGCAGUUAGACAUGCAUGUAAAGCAUUGGAAUUUAUCAAUAAACGUACGAAAUUUCUUGUAAAUUACACCAAAAAACAUAUCUGUGAGGAAAUGGUUGCAUAUAUUAAUCGUAUAAUAUGGAGAUUUAUCAAGUACAAGCCUGACGACUUUAAAUUGCUAGAUGUCCGACAUAAUGUUAUGAAAAAUUUGAUUCUUGGUGAUUGUGAUCAUUUGAUAAAAUUUAUAUUAUUUGGAAAUGAUGAUAACGAUAAAAAAGCCAAUAAAUUACAUAUACCGAGAAAAACAUUUUGGAAAAAAAAGAAGACUAUAAAUGACGAUACUGAAAAGUAUGAAAUAACGAAUGUUAUGGAAUUAGCGAUCUAUCAUUGCAAAGGUAAAUUUUAAUUAAUUAAUUUUAAUUAUUAUAUAUAUCAAAGAACAGAUUGUUUAACUUUUUUAAUAAUAUAGGUCGUGAAAUUAAAGAUACCAUUAUUGUUGCUUAUCUUUUAGAAUAUUAUACUAGACACGCAAUAGACUAUGUAGGUUGGAUGAGUACCGUUUCUAAGGCGCUUCCUCUAUUAUUUAAAUAUAAUUAUGGUUCGUUAUUUUUUUAGUUGAUCUAUUUU